AUGGUUACAUUUUUACCGCGACCGCAUUGUUGCCAGUUGUUCUCGGUCGCGAUCAAACGCGCCAUCAGCAAACCAGUUCCCUCAACUGCAAAGUGGGUACCCAGGAGGCCCAUGUCGACAGCAGUAGGCAAGGGUGUCGACCUACCUGACGGUAGGCGUCUCGGUUACCAUGAGUUUGGUGAACCUACAGGAACUCCAGUAAUUUACAUUCACGGAACACCAGAUUCGGGAGUCACGCUCGCUGGGUUCGAAGAUCCUCUUGCGAAACGGCUGGGCGUCCGCUGGAUUGCCCCUGAUCGUCCGGGUAUUGGCCAUUCCACAUUUUAUCCGCACCGUAAAGUCUUGGACUAUCCAGCCGAUCUGAAAGCCUUGAUCCAGCAUCUCGGGCUUCCCAACUAUCGCAUCAUUGGAACGAGUGGAGGUACUGGUUAUACCCUUGCAUGUGCACAAGCAUUGCCUAGAGAGGAGUUACUGGCGGUCGGCAUAUGCGCUGGCGUCGGGCCUUGGGAAGCAGGUCAGGCUGGUCAGAGUGAGAUUAUUCAGAAACUCGUCAUAUCCGCUGUCAGGGUUUUCAGACAAGCUUAUGCCCGAGGAGGGGCGGGCCAUGGCCUGGAGAUGAAGCUCAACACUGAACCUUGGGGUUUCAACAUAGAAGACAUCGACUACAAGGGUAUCAGACUGUGGUAUGGGUCUGCAGACGAGAAUACUUCACCAGGUAUGGGACAAUACAUGGCAAAGAGACUACCGAAGGCGGUCUACAAGGAGUAUCCGGGGGAAACGCACUACAGUAUCUGGAGGGAAGAGCUUUUGACGGAAUUUCUCAAGGACCUGAUAGAUUGAAAGAACAAACGCAUUCGUGACGUUUUCUGGUAGCGGUGUUUUACAGCAAUCAUAUGUUUUUGGUAGCAAGUCUUCAAAGGAAACGAAAUUGGAACAAAGAAGGCAUGGAUUUGUAAUGUAAACACCUCUGGCCUGAUGCUCCAAGGCUUGUAGUGGAGGUCACAAACCGGCAAUGCUGAUAUGCAUGUUAAGAUAGGAC